UUGUUUGGCACGAAAUGUGCACGCUGUGGCUUAGCGCUUCAGUCAACGGACUACGUGCAUCGUGUUUUCGCGAGCAUCUACCAUGUACAAUGCUUUACAUGUUUCUUUUGCGGUCAUUUGUUCAAGAAAGGUGACCAUUAUGUAUUGGUGGACGGGCAAGUAAUUUGCAGACCGGAUUACGAACACUUACUGUGCCAGACUCCCAUUUGCCAAUCCCACUUGUUUUAUGAUCAAAACGAUUCAAAUCGAAAGACUCCCAAGAGGCCACGAACGAUCCUCAACACCCAACAACGAAAAGCAUUCAAGCUGGCUUUCGAGAAGACCUCAAAGCCAUGUCGGAAGGUAUUGUGUCGGUCAGCGUCGUGCUUUUUUGCUGUUAAUUUAUUCUAAUU